AUGCUCGGAAAGCGCCAUGGAUAUUCAGACGAGAGAGAAGAGGGAAGCAUAAUGGAGAUCAGCGAGAGGAGGGAGACAGAAGCUGUCCCUCGCAAGCGAGCUCGUGUCUCCUUCAACUCCAACAUCAUGUACAGGACAGUCAUCGUUCAUUCCGAGGAGGAGGAGCUUCAUUUGACUGAGCUAGCACCAGCCACCAGGGAUGAGGGUCUGUUCCAGGAUGCGUUUAUGCCCAUGAAGACUCACGACGGCUCUUCUGCUGAGUGCGAGAUCGCAUGGAAGCUCUUCAACGCCGUCCGCACGGAUAGGAGCAUGACAACGUUUCACCAGAUGGUGGAACUGAUUGCGAUGCAAGGCAUGGCGGACUUGCUCCUGAAAGUGAAGGGUGUCAUCAUGGAGUUGAUCAUCCGCAUUGCCCGCAAGGGAUCCGCUGGGUUCGCCAAGUCGGCGUCUGUCUUCAAGAAGUCCUCCCUCCCCGUGCUGCUGGAGAUUACCAAGGCUCUCCAUGCAUCGGCCAUGAGGAUUCGAUGCAGAUCGGGGCAUACCGUCUGCCAUGCUGGCGCUUCUGCUCCUGUUGCACUCACGACUUGCACAUGA